GAGGGAAGCAAUGAAAGGUCGAAAACCAACUAACAAUUUAGCAAAAGAAGCAGACGCCAUAACCACUUUAACCACAAUUUAAUUUAUAACCCAAACUCAAACACACACAAAGUUAGUAAUGCCUUCUUCUUUCUCUCCACAUGGACGCUUUUACAGGAUGAGUUAUAGGAAGAUCCUAAUAUAAACUCCAAAAAUGAAACAGGCAUUUUCGUCAGAAAAUCAAAUCCAUUUCUACAAAUUUUUCAGUUAACACGAACUCUCGUUUUAUUUUUCUCUGCAGAUGAAGAAUCUUCCACAGCUCGCAAACAUUCCUUGAAAGUGACUGAAUUCUCAAUCUUCAAGCAGGUUGUUCGUUUAUAUUAGAAGCUCUGAACCACAAUACAAGAGGGGGUAAUCAAUGAUUAAUGGUAUCCAUUAGAACAUACGGUUUCUUGACUUAUUGUCUCGUAGAAAUCUUACUUGGAGAUUUGGAGGUGGGUUUUUUGUUGAAGAUAAAUUAAGGUGUAGACAUGGGGUCUUUUGGUGGAGGGGAGCAAUUGCAAGGACAGGGAGAAUGUGAUGAGAAAAUCUUUGUUUCAAUUCGGCUUCGACCUUUGAAUCAGAAGGAGGCUGCAAGAAAUGAUGUGUCAGAUUGGGAGUGUAUCAAUGAUACAACCAUCAUUUACAGGAAUAAUCUUUCAGUUUCUGAGCGUUCCAUGUACCCAACUGCUUAUACAUUUGACAGAGUAUUUAGCUUUGAUUCUUCCACAAGGCAGGUGUAUCAAGAAGGAGCCAAGGAUGUUGCUCUUUCAGUUGUCGGUGGUAUAAAUGCGAGCAUUUUUGCAUAUGGACAAACAAGUAGUGGAAAGACAUACACCAUGAGUGGUAUCACUGAGUAUACAGUAGCAGAUAUAUAUGAUCACGUAGAGAAGCACAAUGAAAGAGAUUAUGUUAUGAAGCUUUCGGCCAUGGAGAUCUACAAUGAAUCUGUGAGAGACCUACUAAGUGCAGAUAACACUCCUCUUAGACUUCUCGAUGAUCCGGAGAGAGGGACCAUUGUUGAAAGGCUGACAGAGGAAACACUGAGGGACUGGAACCAUUUCAAAGAACUUCUCUCUGUUUGUGAAGCUCAAAGACAAAUAGGUGAGACAUCACUUAAUGAAGCUAGCUCAAGAUCGCAUCAGAUUAUUCGACUGAUAAUUGAAAGCUCAACUCGCGAGUUUUUAGGAAGAGACAAAUCGAGCUCUCUAUCAGCUACAGUGAACUUCGUUGAUCUUGCGGGAAGUGAGCGUGCAUCUCAGACAUUAUCUGCUGGUGCAAGGUUGAAAGAAGGUUGCCAUAUAAAUCGCAGUUUACUGACUCUAGGCACUGUUAUCCGUAAGCUAAGCAAGGGAAGAAAUGGUCAUGUUCCUUACAGAGAUUCAAAGCUAACCCGUAUACUCCAGUCCUCUUUAGGAGGAAAUGCUAGAACUGCAAUCAUCUGUACCUUGAGUCCAGCCAGAAGCCACGUCGAACAAUCAAGAAAUACCCUAUUGUUUGCAAGUUGUGCUAAAGAAGUGGCAACCAAUGCACAGGUCAAUGUAGUUAUGUCAGAUAAAGCGUUGGUGAAGAAGUUACAAAGAGAACUGGCUAGGCUGGAGAGUGAGUUGAGCUUUACAGGAUCAACAACGGCUUCAUCUGAUUCUUCUGCAUUAUUGAUAGAGAAAGACCUUCAGAUUGAAAAGCUCAAGAAAGAGAUAUCAGAGGUCAUAUUGCAACGUGAUGCUGCUCAGUCUCAGGUUAAAGAUUUGCUGCGGAUAGUUGAAGAAGAUAGAAGAUCAGAAUCGGUGGAUCUGGAUCAGUAUUACCCCAAGUUGCGAGUGAGAAAUUCGUGGGAUUUUGAAAAUCGAGCACCACGGACCCUAGUUUUUGCUGGUUCUAAAGGCCUUGAUCACCAUACCAAAACCAAUUCGUUUGAUACAGAUGGACAGAGCAAUAUCUCUGAUGAUAGCUUUUUCCAACUGCAAGACUUUGACGAAAAUUCCGUUCCCACGGACUCACCCUCUCCACACUUGUCGGUCAGAAUACCAAAUUUCAUUCCAAAAUUUGUUGAAAUUGAUAUGCCAGAGGAAAAUAAAGAAAAUUAUGAUAGAAAUUCGGAUGACACUUGCAAGGAAGUUCGAUGUAUAGAAGUGGAAGAGCAAAACACAAACAGACACGUUGAGUCAAACAUAUCAUCAUAUACAAGCCCGAAAAGAUCUCUAAACUCAAUUGUGUCAUCUCUCAAAGAAAAAGAAGCUAUUUCAGAAUUAACAGUGGUUGAGAAUGGAGCUGUGACGAAUGAAGAAAUGAGAUCACCUACCUUGAUGAAAAAUGAAGUUUCGAAUAGCUUCAAAAACAGUUUGCUAAUUCCAUCUUCAGAAAGACCAUCUCAAUGUUUAGUGGAUAAAAGUAUGUCUGGCUUCUCAUGCUGGGAGCUAACUAGGAGCAGGAGUUGCAAAGCGCGUUUAAGUUCACAAUGGUUUGAUACAGAAGAAAAGGAUGAGAGCACACCACCAGUUAUAGUAGAGAGAAAUUUCACAGGAAGAGCCGGGGGUUUGCCGAAGAAAGUUCCCCAACUGAACUAUGAUGUGAACAUUGAAACAUUAUCAACAAAUGGUUCAUCAGAAGAAAUGUCAUCAAACAAUGAUUCACAGAAGACAUUAUUGAUAAAUGAUCAUCUACCAGAAACGUUGUCAGUGAAUGAUUCACAGAAGACAUUAUUGAGAAAUGAUUCACCAGAAUCGUUGUCAAUAAAUGACUCACCAGAAACAUUGUCAAGAAAUGAUUCACAGAAGACAUUAUCAAGACAUGAUUCGCAGAAGACAUCAUUGACAAAUGAUUCACAAAAGACACUAUCAAGAAAUGGCUCACCAGAAAGAAAUGAUUCACAGAAGACACUAUUGAGAAAUGAUUCACAGAAGACUUUAUCAAGAAAUGGUUCACAAAAGACAUUAUCAAGAAAUAACUCACAGAAGACAUUAUCAAGAAAUGAUUCACAUUCAACGUCUCAUACGACCCUGUCAAUUGAUGAUUCACAUUGGACGUUAUCAACAAAUGCUUCAUUUUCACAUACGAAUUUAUCACGAAAUGGUUCACCAAAGACAUUAUCAAGAAAUGCUUCACAUGCAUCUGCUUUGACUGAUUCUGUUGAUGAGCUCAAAGUACAGGAUAUCAAAUCUUCACACGAUGAUGAGAAUACUAACACCAGUUCUUCAUCUAGCAGAGUAGAGGAAACAGAGGAUUACCCUUUGGAGAAAACAAUUCCUGAUUCUGAGGUCUUAAAGACAGAGGAUAAGCUCAUAGUUCCUGCAAGAAAUGUAAAAGAUGUCGGAUUGGACCCAAUUCAGAAUGAAGAAGUGGGAAGUCCUCCAAAGUGGCCUUCUGAAUUCAAGAGGCUCCAAAGAGAGGUUAUCGAACUCUGGCAUGCUUGCAACGCGUCAUUAGUUCACAGGACUUAUUUCUUCUUACUAUUCAGAGGUGAUCAGACUGACUCCAUUUACAUAGAGGUAGAGCUGAGAAGAAUGUCCUUCCUCAGAGACAUAUUUUCUCGUGGCGGUCAAACUGUCGAGGAUGGUCGAACUCUAUCUUAUGCAUCAAGUGUAAGAGCACUAUGCCGUGAAAGGCUAAUGCUUGCUAAGCAAUUACUGAAGAAGCUCUCCAAACAGGAAAGAGAGAACAUCUACCUAAAGUGGGGUAUUGCGUUAAACACGAAAAACAGAAGAUUGCAGUUGGCUCAUCGCUUGUGGUCCAGCACAAAUGACAUUAAUCACAUCACAGAAAGCGCUGCUGUUGUUGUGAAGCUGGUUGGUUCUGGAGAGCCAGAGGAAGCCUCCAAGGAGAUGUUUGGGCUCAGAUUUACGCCCAGACGAAUAGGCGAUAGGAAGUAUUAUGGAUUGAAAUAGGGCAUUAGCCUUCAAUUCUCUUCUCUUAACUAGUUCUGGAUCAGAUCACCUCACCCUUUUUAAUGUCUUGAUAAUAAUAAUAAUAUAUUUUGCUGUAGUAGAUAGAUGAGUAUGAUUUUUCUGGAGAAAGUAGUUUUCUAAUCUCGAAAAAAGAUUGUAAAUGUCCCUAGUUAGAAAAUGACCACAUAAAUUUGUAACAUGAUCCUUUUCUUGUUGAAAAAUAUGAGUGAUAAAUAUAUCUUCAGUUGUGAGAAGAACAAGAACGUUGUCUGUGUCUUUGGAAAUUUAUUUAUUUUGUUUUAUUUUUUGGGACUUGAAAA